ACACCACAAAAACUGCGAUGGAAACGAAAAAAAAAAAGAGAAAAGAAAAAUAUUGAACACAAACUACACAGAAGAGUAGAUCGCCCAACGCUGAAGCACAAUAUCUACACCGUAGUAAAAAGGACAUCAGCAGAUAAACUCAUCCACCAACCAUCCAACCAAACGACAACAAGCAACCGUAGAUGACAGCACAACGAAUCAUUAGAACAAUGCAAUCAUCACACACUGAGAAUCGUCGUCGACCCAUCGGCUCCGGCGGGAACCGCAAGAAGAACCAGUUUGGCACGGUGCUGGCGCUGUCGUUAGCGCUCGCACUCGUCGCACCGGACGCCUCGAUCCUCCCCGGCGCGGAUGCUCUUUCGAGCCAGGGGGUGGUGUCUAGAUUCGAUCAAGACGGCACACACACAGAGGCCGUCCUCCCCGAUUCCUUGUUCACGGCGAGCAGCGGCGGCGACAGAGGAGCCAGGGGAUCCAUCCUGGGCCGGGGCGACCUUUCCCGGGGGCGCCGCCGGUUGGUCUCCAAGAGCACCAAGUCUUCGAAACAUAGCAAGAGCGGCAGCGAAGCGGAUGGAUCCCCCGAACCACCAACCGAGCAGACCACCGCGAAAUCCACGAAGAGCGAGAAGACGCCCUCGAAAUCGACUAAGGUCAAAUCGAAGUCAUUGAAAGWCUCCAAGAGCGGCAAAGUCUCGAAAUCAACCAAGAAAGGAAAAUCGGGAAAUUCGGAAAAAUCGAUGAAAGAAAGCAAAUCGGAAAAAUCAAAGAAAACGGACCCAACCGAUGAGACCGUCACUGCCAGUAGCUCGGCCGCCCUGGCUUCCGGAGAGAACACCGGCCCCGCAAACCUCCCGUUCACCUCGUGGGUCGCAGUUGGGCUUGCUGCCGUCGCCCUGCUGGUGGGGUCGGGUUUGAUCCUGUUCUUCAAGAUGAGGGCGUCCUCGUAUCGAUACGGCGCCAGCAAGCCGAGAAGCCCCGGGAACAACGACGGCGGCAAGUACCGGCCGAUCGACUCGAGCGGAAGGAUCGAAGGAACGAGCACCGGCGAAACGAGCGCCGAAUACGGCGAGGCUGGCAGCGACGAGGACGAGGACGGAACGAGCGCCGAAUACGGCGACGUCAUUUGAGAGCAGAAGGAUCCGCCAACACGGUGCGGCGGGCCCGAUCACCACCAUACCAGACAGCUGGGGCACAUGUACUAGAUAGAACGAUAACCGAUAUAAAUGUUUUGAAUGGAACGGAAUCGAGUCGAAUCGACUCAAAUGACACCAAACAACAAUAUCGUCUGCUGUUGUGGUGUGCUGCUUAACACGGAAUGAAGUGUUCGGAUAUCAAAUUAUCUGUAGAAACCAAACCAAAUUAUUCUUAGUUAGCAAUGCUUCAGUGUGACCUUAAUUUAGUACCACACUACUACUACUACUACUACUACUACUAAGAAGUAGUAGUAGUAUUACUAUGAGUGCCAUCAUAAUACUAUUGACAAGAACUACUAGUAAAACUACUAGUAGUACAAUAGAUCAAUUAUUUGAAA